AUGGCCCAGCCCAAUGCAGAGCCCGCCGAGGAAUACGACUAUGAAUCUCUACCGCCCAACUUUUCCCUCGUGCAGAACAUGGCUGCUGGGGCAUUUGCGGGCAUAGCGGAGCAUACCGUCAUGUAUCCGAUUGACGCCAUCAAGACUCGCAUGCAGGUCCUGAACCCCAAUCCCUCGGCCGUCUACAAUGGUGUGAUUCAAGGUACAUACCGCAUAGCUAGUCGCGAGGGCGUCCUGAGCUUGUGGAGAGGCAUGUCCAGUGUUGUUGCCGGUGCCGGUCCCGCUCAUGCUGUUUACUUCGCUACAUACGAAGCUGUCAAGCAUGUAAUGGGUGGCAACCAAGCUGGUGUCCACCAUCCUCUGGCUGCUGCGACCAGUGGUGCUUGCGCUACGAUCGCCAGCGAUGCGCUGAUGAACCCUUUCGAUGUCAUCAAGCAGCGCAUGCAGAUUCAGGGGUCGGCCAAGAUGUACCGUACCAUGACCGAUUGCGCCAAGUAUGUCUACAAGACUGAGGGGUUGGCGGCUUUCUACGUCUCUUACCCGACCACGCUCUCCAUGACGGUGCCCUUCACUGCCCUCCAAUUCUUGGCGUACGAGUCCAUAUCGACGGCCAUGAACCCCAACAAGGGAUACGAUCCCACAACGCAUUGCUUGGCUGGUGGUGUCGCCGGUGGUUUCGCUGCCGCUUUGACUACACCUAUGGAUGUCAUCAAGACGAUGCUUCAGACCCGAGGAACUGCCACCGACCCAGCAUUGAGGAACGUGAACGGAUUCAUGGCUGGGUGCCGGUUACUGUACGAGCGUGAGGGUUUCCGCGGAUUUUUCAAGGGUGUGCGCCCCCGCGUGGUGACCACCAUGCCCAGCACUGCCAUUUGCUGGUCUGCCUACGAGGCUUGCAAGGCCUACUUCAUCUCCAAGAACGACAACCCGAACCCUUGA